ACAAUUAUUCCAUUCUAUUCAGAAAUCUAGGUUCUUCUUACUAAUUAGGAAGUUUCACACACGUAUAUUUACAUCUCUUGAAGUCGGUGGCCAUGAAGAGAGGCAGAGAGGAUGGAAAGCUCGAGACCGAAGACAUCGCCAAUUGCUUGAUGCUAUUAUCUAAAGUCGGUGAAACUACUGACGUGAACAGAAAUUCUAGCACUCCUGCUUUCGUAUGCAAAACGUGCAACAGGCAGUUCACGUCGUUCCAGGCCCUGGGAGGCCACAGAGCCAGCCACAAGAAGCCGAGGCUGAUGGCUGGAGACCUUUUCCAUCGAGUCCCAACCUCGCCAUCGAAGCCGAAAACCCAUGAGUGUUCCGUUUGUGGGCUCGAGUUCCCGCUUGGACAGGCGCUGGGGGGCCACAUGAGGAGGCACAGGGCGGGCGCCGUCAUGAGUGAAGGUUUGGUGAUUAAACAUGCAGCGCUGCAGCCGGUGAUGCAGAAAUCGAGUAGCAAAAGGGUUUUGUUCUUGGAUUUGAAUUUGACACCGCUGCAGGGAGAUGACCUCAAGUUGUGCAGUUGGUGAUGAUGAUGGGGGAGUUAGAUUAAUGUUUUGGUUGAAGUACUAUUGUAUAUAUGAUUGAAUAUUGCUUGAACGUUGAACCGAUAUGGUCUACAAAUUAGAGACAAUCCCCUCAUGACAAUUGCAGAAGAUUCAAAUAGGGGUAUAAUGAAAUUUCUGCAAUUCAAUCGGAAAAUUAUAAAAGAUUAGUGUACUUUAGCCAUU